CGGAACCGGAACCGGAAGCGCGGAGCGGCGGUGCUGCCGGCUUUUGCCUUGGGCUGCUGUCCCCCCGGCGUCAUGCGAGGCUUCGGGCCAGGCCUGACCGCGCGGAAUCUCCUCCCGCUGCGGUUUGCCCCGCGGCCGCCGCGGCCGCCAGGGCCGCUGCUGUCGAGCAGGCCGGCGGCGGGGGCGAGCUCCCUGACGCGGGCCAUGGACGACCUGCUUCGCCGCGCCGUGCCGCCGACGCCGGCCUACGAGCUGCGUGAGAAGACGCCGGCGCCCGCCGAGGGCCAGUGCGCCGACUUCGUGAGCUUCUACGGCGGCCUGACCGAGGCGGCCCAGCGCGCCGAGCUGCUGGGCCGCCUGGCGCAGGGCUUCGGCGUGGACCACGGCCAGGUGGCCGAGCAGAGCGCCGGCGUGCUCCAGCUGCGAGAGCAGCCGCGGGAGGCGGCCGUGCUGCUGCAGGCGGAGGACCGGCUGCGCUACGCGCUGGUGCCGCGUUACCGCGGCCUCUUCCACCACAUCAGCAAGCUGGACGGCGGGGUGCGCUUCCUGGUGCGGCUGCGGGCCGACCUGCUCGAGGCGCAGGCGCUCAAGCUGGUGGAGGGGCCGCACGUCCGGGAGAUGAAUGGGGUGCUGAAAAGCAUGCUCUCAGAAUGGUUUUCUUCCGGGUUCCUGAACCUAGAAAGAGUCACCUGGCAUUCACCAUGUGAGGUGCUUCAGAAAAUCAGCCAUCGUGAAGGAGCAGCCCCCGUCAGAGACAGAGGAGCGGAGCAGAAUCACCACCGCCAUCUUCUACUCCAUCAGCCUCACACAGCAGGGACUGCAGGGCGUCGAGCUGGGAACUUUCCUCAUCAAGCGUGUCCUCAGGGAGCUGCAGGCCAGCUGCCAGCCCCAGCCAUGAGCAAGCCUAAGAAGGACCGGGUCAGCACCAGCAGAUCAGAUCCCGUACCCGUUGUCAUCAUUGGCAAUGGGCCCUCGGGCAUCUGCCUGUCCUACCUGCUCUCUGGACACAUGCCCUACGUGAAACCAGACGCCGCCCACCCACACCCGCUGCUGCACAGGAAGCUGGCCGAGGCUUCGGGGCGCUGCCUCCUGGACCAGGACCUGGAUUACCUGUCUGAGGGCCUUGAGGGCCGGAGCCAGAGCCCCGUGGCCCUGCUCUUCGACGCCCUCCUGCGCCCAGACACAGACUUCGGAGGCACCGCGGACUCCGUGCUCUCCUGGAAGCGGCAGAAGGAGCGAGCCGUCCCCCACCUGGUCCUGGGCCGCGGCCCGCCCGGGGGUGCCUGGCACGCCAUCGAAGGGUCCAUGGUGACCCUGAGCCAGGGCGAGUGGAUGGGGCUCCCGGACCUGCAGCUCAAGGACUGGAUGCGGAGGAAACGCAGAGGUCUUCGCAACAGCCGGGCCACGGCCGGGGACGUCGCCCACUACUACCGAGACUACGUGACCCAGAAGGGCCUGAGCCACAGCUUCGUGCCCGGCGCCCUGGUCACAGGCGUGGAGAUGGGGACACCGCAGCCCAAGGACGCUGGUCCCCUCUUCCAAGUGAGCGGCAUGCUGACCACCAAGGACCGGGGCCAGCGGCCCUUCUCCCUGUGGGCCCGAAAUGUGGUCCUGGCCACGGGCACGUUUGACAACCCAGCCCGGCUGGGCAUCCCGGGCGAGGACCUACCCUAUGUCCACCACGAACUGUCGGUGCUGGAGGCGGCCACGCGGGCGGGCACCAUCACCCCGGCCUCCGACCCUGUGCUCAUCGUGGGCGCGGGGCUGUCCGCAGCCGACGCCGUCCUCUACGCCCGGCACUGUGGCCUCCCUGUGAUCCACGCCUUCCGGCGGCCGGUGGACGACCCCGGCCUGGUGUUCAACCAGCUGCCCAAGAUGCUGUACCCCGAGUAUCACAAGGUGCACCAGAUGAUGCGGGAGCAGUCGGUCCCGUCGCCCAGCCCCUACGAGGGCUACCGUAGCCUUCCGCAGCACCGGCCGCUGCUCUUCAAGGAGGGCCAGCAGGCCGUGCUCUGCGACCCGCACGGCCACCACCAGGUCCUCGGUGUCUCCCUGGUGCUAGUUCUCAUUGGCUCGCACCCCGACCUCUCCUUCCUCCCGGGGGCAGGCACCAGCCUCGCAACUGACCCCGAGCAGCCCCUGAGCACCAAGAGGAACCCCGUCGAGGUGGACCCCUUCACCUACGAGAGCACCCGCCAGGAGGGCCUGUACGCCCUGGGGCCGCUGGCUGGGGACAACUUUGUGCGAUUUGUGCAGGGCGGGGCCCUGGCCGCAGCCAGCUCCUUGCUAAGAAAGGAGACCCGGAAGCCACCCUAGUGUCCGGCCAGAGCCCUGGCACCCAGGCCCUGAGAACAGAGAGAUCGCACAAUCGUGGGGCACGCAGGGCCCCUCAAAGAUGCCCCGUGAGGGUGGGGGACGGGGACCAGGCACCGCAGAAGAAUGAGGGACACAGGCUCCAAGGCUGGAGCAGGGGCUGCAGGCCAGCGAGGGCUGCGCCUGGGAUCCGGGGGAAGCCGCUGGAAGCGGGGUCCCCAGGCCUACCUGAGCGCCCACCAGGACAGUGGCAGCCUGGUUCCUUCCAGAAUCAUUCCCAAAUAAAAACAGCGUCUGCCUCCACGA